AUGGGUAUAUGCCUAUAUAUGGUGUGUUUGUUUCUGUCCUGGGGCGUCCCUGUGCUGUCAGAAGGUUCCUCUCUGCAGCUGGAGGUGUGUUUGUUUCUGUCCCGGGGCGUCCCUGUGCUGUCAGAAGGUUCCUCUCUGCAGCUGGAGGUGUGUUUGUUUCUGUCCCGGGGCGUCCCUGUGCUGUCAGAAGGUUCCUCUCUGCAGCUGGAGGUGUGUUUGUUUCUGUCCCGGGGCGUCCCUGUGCUGUCAGAAGGUUCCUCUCUGCAGCUGGAGGUGUGUUUGUUUCUGUCCCGGGGCGUCCCUGUGCUGUCAGAAGGUUCCUCUCUGCAGCUGAAGGUGUGUUUGUUUCUGUCCCGGGGCGUCCCUGUGCUGUCAGAAGGUUCCUCUCUGCAGCUGGAGGUGUGUUUGUUUCUGUCCCGGGGCGUCCCUGUGCUGUCAGAAGGUUCCUCUCUGCAGCUGGAGGUGUGUUUGUUUCUGUCCCGGGGCGUCCCUGUGCUGUCAGAAGGUUCCUCUCUGCAGCUGGAGGUGUGUUUGUUUCUGUCCCGGGGCGUCCCUGUGCUGUCAGAAGGUUCCUCUCUGCAGCUGGAGGUGUGUUUGUUUCUGUCCCGGGGCGUCCCUGUGCUGUCAGAAGGUUCCUCUCUGCAGCUGGAGGUGUGUUUGUUUCUGUCCCGGGGCGUCCCUGUGCUGUCAGAAGGUUCCUCUCUGCAGCUGGAGGUGUGUUUGUUUCUGUCCCGGGACGUCCCUGUGCUGUCAGAAGGUUCCUCUCUGCGGCAGGAGGUGUGUUUGUUUCUGUCCCGGGGCGUCCCUGUGCUGUCAGAAGGUUCCUCUCUGCAGCUGGAGGUGUGUUUGUUUCUGUCCCGGGGCGUCCCUGUGCUGUCAGAAGGUUCCUCUCUGCAGCUGGAGGUGUGUUUGUUUCUGUCCCGGGGCGUCCCUGUGCUGUCAGAAGGUUCCUCUCUGCAGCUGGAGGUGUGUUUGUUUCUGUCCCGGGGCGUCCCUGUGCUGUCAGAAGGUUCCUCUCUGCAGCUGGAGGUGUGUUUGUUUCUGUCCCGGGACGUCCCUGUGCUGUCAGAAGGUUCCUCUCUGCGGCAGGAGGUGUGUUUGUUUCUGUCCCGGGGCGUCCCUGUGCUGUCAGAAGGUUCCUCUCUGCAGCUGGAGGUGUGUUUGUUUCUGUCCCGGGGCGUCCCUGUGCUGUCAGAAGGUUCCUCUCUGCAGCUGGAGGUGUGUUUGUUUCUGUCCCGGGGCGUCCCUGUGCUGUCAGAAGGUUCCUCUCUGCAGCUGGAGGUGUGUUUGUUUCUGUCCCGGGGCGUCCCUGUCCCUCUGAGCGGUGGUCGUCCGGAGAGGACUCGCCCCACGGGUUGA